AAAAUACAAAGGAUAUUCUCGUGAUAUAUGAACAAGAAGCAGAAGAGUGGGCUCUGUAUUUAAAAUCUCUUUUUGGACACAUAGUAAACAGAGGAGGAAUCUUACUCUGCAAUCUGGAGACUUCAUCUUUCAAGCACCAAGAGCUAUUCUCUUUACUCUGUUAUAAAUGUAAACUCCUGAUACUUUCAUGUGGACUUCUUAACUGCUUGAAUCGAAAGAGAAGUUAUUUUCUGGAGGAAGUUCUAAAACCUCCAGAUACUGUGGUGAUUCUGCUUUGUGGAGUGGAGAAUUCGGAGAUUCUUUAUGAGAAACUGACCUUAGAUGGAGGCAGCAAAGAGAUUUCCACUGAUCAGGAACCUGAGGAGUAUCUUUCUGUUAUUACUGGAAUUAUUCAACCAGGUAAGCCACAGAAUGAAAAUCCUGGUGACUCUUUGUCUUACAUCUAUGAAGCAGUUUUUGCAGACGAUCACCAGCCUAGCUCUGAUGUUAACUUGUCAGAUGUCAGGGGAGCAUCAGAAAAAGCAGACCUCAGUUUUAAAACAGAGGUACUUUCUGAAACGAAUGAGCAGUCGAUACUGGUGCUUCCAGGAAGAAUGUCAUGCGAGAACCCUGGUGAAAUAUUCAUUCUGUUGAAAGAUGAAAUAGAUGAUGAAACUUUAGAAAUUGAAUUCAUAGCAGACAAACAACGAAUUAGGACACAGCCAGCCUCUUGGAGUAAGAAUGUGAAGUACUUGAAAGCUUUAGAUUUUCCUGCUGGCCCUGUAUAUGUAAAUGUCUACUGUGGGGGAGUCAUUAAGACCACAGCGCAGAUUGAGUACUAUACUGCACUAGAGGAGAUUGAGCAUGUGUUUAAGAAAGUGGCUGACCCAAUAGCUUUCACGUGUCGGGCUUUUAAAUUUUCUUCUGUAGAGAAGCUGGAUAACAUUCUGACUUUGUUAUUGAAAAGCAAAAUAUCUACUUAUGAAUUCAGCGCAUUCCAAAGUGAAGAAGAACACCAUCAACAAGCUA